AUGGCGCCCGGCAUCCUAGAACACCCUGGUAUUGCCAUUGCCGAAUCACGACCAACGAAAAAAUUAAAGACAUCUGCAGCCACAGUCCUUGAAGACGACGACGAAGUGGCGAAAUUCGUCGCAGUACCGUCGCAUCCUCUGGGCAUCAAGCCGGCCGGCAAUGCGUAUACGGCGUCCGAGAACAUCAAGUCAAAAUGUGGAUUAUUUGCCAGCCUGCCUGAUGAGCUGCUGAGCCACAUUCUUGAGUCAUUCGAAGCUGACAUCUUGAUACGCCUGGGAAGCACGUGCCGGGCUCUCUAUGCUUUUACCAGGUUGGAUGAGUUGUGGAGGGCCUUAUUCGUAAACUCUCCCGCCGACGAUUUCGAGUGGCGCGGAACUUGGCGAGCAACCCAUCUCAAGAUCCCCAAAGAACAUGUGACCUCGAUACCCUGCAACAAUCUAUUCUCGGAUGCCUUGUAUCGGCCUUUUCAAUGCGCCCACACACCCCUCAACCACUAUGCGUUGAGCAUUCCAAGAUCAAAUGAGAUAGCUCGGUUAUCAGAUCUCAGUUAUGAUGAGUAUGCGGAGACAUGGGUAGACAAGCCUUUCAUCCUCACUACUCCAGUCAAGGAAUGGCCAGUAUACGGUACCUGGACACCGGAGUCGCUCCUAGAAAAGUUCCCAGACACCAAGUUCCGAGCCGAAGCAGUAGACUGGCCUAUGAUAAAGUACAUGUCCUAUAUGCACGACAACGCCGAUGAAUCACCUCUGUACCUCUUCGAUCGCGCCUUUGCCGAAAAGACGAACAUCGACAUUACAGCGGCACCCCACUCAAAGCAAGCCGCAUAUUGGAGUCCCACAUGUUUCGGCGACGACCUUUUCAGCGUGCUGGGAGAGCACCGCCCGGACUGCCGCUGGAUGAUCAUGGGUCCCAAGCGCAGCGGAUCUACGUUUCACAAAGACCCAAACGCAACGAGCGCGUGGAACGCUGUCCUCACUGGAAGCAAAUACUGGCUCAUGUUCCCUGCGGGUCCUGGCAUCGAGCCCCCACCUGGGGUCAUCGUCUCAGAAGAUCAAUCCGAAAUUACCUCCCCGCUCAGUAUCGCAGAGUAUAUGCUAACCUUCCACGAACUUGCGCGCCAGACUCCCGGCUGCAAAGAAGGAAUCUGUUAUUCUGGAGAGGUGUUGCAUGUACCAUCAGGCUGGUUCCACCUCGUUCUGAAUCUCGAGGACAGCCUUGCAUUGACACAAAACUUUGUCCCGAGGAAGAAACUACCAGACGUCCUGGCCUUCUUACGCGAUCAGCGGAGCGAGGUCAGUGGGUUCAAGGAAGAUGUUUGCGAUCGGGCAUAUGAGCUCUUCGUAGAAAGACUACAGGAACAACACCCCGAGCUACUCGAGCAAGGUCUCGUUGAACUGGAAAACAAGACAAAGAAGAGCCGUGGUAAAUGGGAGCAGUUGACCAAGGGAGACGACGAGGAGGAAGUAGCAGGAGGCUUCAGCUUCGGCUUUGGAGGUGACGACGAUGACGCUGAUAUCCCAUGA